AUGUCAUUUUAUAGUAAAGGUAUUAAUUCAUCAAAAGAUAGUAAAAAUUGUUUUGAUUAUAUUAUUCAAUAUUCUUCAUAAAUUGCUUAUCCUAAUUUAGACUUAAAUUAUGAAGUUUGGAGAAUUAAAGCAUGA